AUAGCAGAAGAAAAAGUUGGAUUAGCAGUGACAGCAUAUGAUUGGAUUGAUAGACAAAUUCGAAGGUUAGAUGCAGAUUUGCAAAAGAGUGAAAAUACGCUUUUACUCGGUUUACGAGCAGGAACAGAAGCCAGUCGUGGUUUACAAGAUGCGUUAGGGAUCGAUUAUACAAAAGGUCAAGGUGCACAUAGAUGGGAUGAUGUUGAAAAUUUGUUGAUGGGUAGGCCGAGCGGAAACAAAUCCCAAGCGAACAAAACGACAAAUGCGAUUGAAGAUCGUGAAUCCAGCUCAGAAGGCGUUGGAAAGAAGAGAGGUCUUGGAAACAGCAGCGCAAAAGAACAAAUCCAAGAUCAUACAGCAGGUGGAGAUAUGGCUGUUGAUCCGAAUGAACCAACGUAUUGCUAUUGCGAUGAAGUAUCUUCAGGAGAGAUGGUCGCCUGUGAUAAUGAAGAUUGUCCGCGUGAAUGGUUUCAUUUGCCCUGUGUUGGUUUCAAUCAACCACCAAAAGGUCGUUGGUUCUGUUUGUUCUGUGCGCCUCCUGGCUACAAAGGCAGUGGAACAUAUCCUCCUGACGCACCUUGUUUACCG